AUGUUGAACAUUCUAGUUCUUGGUGCAGGUGGUAGAGAACAUGCUCUGGUGUGGAAACUUGUACAAUCUCCAAGUGUUGAACAUAUCUACGUCGCCCCAGGUAAUGGUGGUAUUGCCAAGAUUGGUCCUAAAGUGGUCUGCGUGGAUAUCGAUUGCGAUGCCAAAAACUUCGAGAAACUGCGUGAGUUUGCUGUCUCUAAGGACAUCAACCUAGUUGUCCCAGGUCCUGAAGUGCCUUUGAUUGACGGUGUAACUGAUCUUUUUGCCAAAGUAGGUAUUCCGGUGUUUGGCCCAUCAGCUAAAGCUGCACAAUUGGAAGGUUCAAAGGGAUUUUCCAAGGAUUUCAUGCAGAGACAUAACAUUCCAACUGCUCGUCACAAGACUUUUGAGUCCUAUGAAGAAGCUAAGAGGCAUUUGGAAGAAGUUAAUUAUAGAGUUGUCUUGAAAGCAGACGGUGUUGCUGCAGGUAAGGGUGUUUUGAUCCCAGAGAACAAAGAGGAGGCCUUGAAAGCUCUUGAUGUAAUAAUGGUUGAAAAGCAGUUCGGUGACGCCGGUAAUACCGUAGUUAUCGAGGAGUUCUUAGAAGGUGAUGAAAUCUCUAUUCUAACCAUAUCCGAUGGUUACAGCUAUUUCAACUUACCACCAGCCCAAGAUCAUAAACGUAUUGGCGAAAAUGAUACCGGCUUGAAUACUGGUGGUAUGGGUACCUAUGCACCAGCUCCUGUUGCUACUCCAAAAAUACUGCAAGAAGUUGACUCUACUAUCAUCAAGCCAUCUAUUGAUGGUUUCAGAAAGGAAAGAAUACCCUUGGUCGGGUGUUUAUUCACCGGUAUAAUACUAACAAAAGAAGGUCCAAGGGUCCUAGAAUACAAUGUUAGAUUUGGUGACCCAGAGACUCAAAGUGUUUUGCCAUUAUUAACAGAAGAUACUGAUCUUGCUGAAGUCUUCCUUGCCGCAGCUGAACAUCGUUUGGAUUCUGUUGAAAUUAAAACUAAAUCGGACUGUUUUGCUACCACAGUUGUUCUAUCUGCUGGUGGCUAUCCAGAAUCAUACAAGAAGGGUGAUAUUAUCACUAUAGAUGAAAAGAAGUUACCAUUUGACUCUUAUGUAUUCCAUGCUGGUACUGCUCUUGACGCUCAAGGUAACUUAAUUACCAACGGUGGUAGAGUAAUCGCUGCUUCUGCAGUUUCUGAUACAUUAAAAGGUGCUGUAGAUAAAGCUUAUGAAGCUGUAGAAGGUAUUCAAUUUGAAGGUAGAUAUUUCAGAAAAGACAUUGCUCAUAGAGCUUUCAGAGACACUGAAAAUAAGAGUCAAGGUAUAACUUACGCCGAUGCUGGUGUGUCGGUCGAUAAUGGUAAUCUAUUUGUUGAAAAGAUUAAAAAUAUGGUAAAAUCGACCAGAAGACCAGGUGCAGAUUCCGACAUCGGUGGUUUCGGUGGUAUCUUUGACUUAAAGCAAGCUGGUUACAACACUGAUGAUACCCUUUUAAUUGGUGCCACCGAUGGUGUUGGUACUAAAUUGAUUAUUGCACAAGAGACCAAUAUUCAUGAUACUGUUGGGAUUGAUCUUGUCGCUAUGAAUGUCAAUGAUCUUGUGGUCCAAGGUGCAGAGCCAUUAUUUUUCCUAGAUUAUUUUGCUACAGGAGCUCUAGAUAUAAAAAUUGCUGCCGAUUUUGUCUCUGGUGUUGCUGAAGGCUGUAUACAAAGUGGUUGUGCUUUAGUGGGUGGUGAGACUUCUGAGAUGCCCGGUAUGUACCCACCAGGUCACUAUGAUACCAACGGUACUGCAGUUGGUGCAGUACAAAAGGACAGUGUUUUGCCUAUGACCAACUUAAUGAAAGAAGGUGAUGUUCUACUAGGCCUUGCCUCUGAUGGUGUUCAUUCCAAUGGGUUCUCUUUGGUUAGAAAGGUUAUUAGUCAUGUGGGUAUCAGCUGGUCAGAACAAUGUCCAUGGGAACCAUCCAAGACUUUAGGUGAGGCAAUUUUAACACCAACCAGAAUAUAUGUCAAGCAACUUUUACCAUCAAUUAGAGAAAAACUGAUUCUAGGUUUAGCCCACAUCACAGGUGGCGGUCUCGUUGAGAACAUACCUCGUGCUCUUCCAAAACACUUGCAAGCUCAGGUAGAUAUGUCUAACUGGUCUGUUCCUGAAGUUUUCAAAUGGUUUGGUAAAGCUGGUAAUAUCCCUGUAGAUGACAUAUUGAAAACCUUUAACAUGGGUAUCGGUAUGGUGAUAAUAGUCGAUAAAGCCAAUGUUGCAAGAGUGAAGGAGCUAUUGGAACAAGCUAAUGAAACCGUUUACGAGAUUGGUUCUCUGGUUAACCGUCUAGAAGGUCAACCAGGUUGUGUUGUAAACAAUGCCAGCAACCUAUACUAA